GGGAGGUGUGCCAGACUUAUUGUUCCUAUAAAUAGACAGACGGAGCUUCCGGAACAUCACUGACACCCGGCUGAACUCUGGAUCAAGUGAAGUCCAAAGAUGCAGACUCUACAGGUUCUCUCCCUGACUUUAUUGUCCAUCCUGGCUGGUAAAGCCCAGACCCUACGCCCUGGAAAAUGCCCCCAGCCCCCCGUCCAGGCUAACUUCGAUGCUGCCAGGUAUCUGGGCAAGUGGUACGAGAUCCAGAAGCUCCCUGCCGUCUUCCAGAAGGGUCAGUGCAGCACGGCCACCUAUUCCCUGAAGAGCCCUGGACUCGUUGGUGUUCUGAACAGGGAACUGCUUGCUGACAACACGGUCAGCUCAAUCACUGGCCACGCUAAGGCCAAAAACCUCUCUGAACCAGCCAAGCUGGAAGUCACCUUCUUCGAAGACUCUCCUCCCAGCCCCUACUGGGUGUUGUCCACCGACUAUGAGGGCCACUCUGUGGUGUACAGCUGCACCGAUGUCCUGGCCGCCUCCCACGUCGACUUCGCCUGGAUCCUGAGCAGAGAGCCCGCGCUCUCUGAGGAGAAACUCACGGAGCUGUACAGCGUGUUCACCUCCAACGGCAUCAACAUCGACGUGAUGACCGUCACCAACCAGAGUCGAGAGCUGUGCUCAAACAUGCCUGACUGGGCCUGAGAGGCAACCUGGAUUUACAUGCAUCACAUGGCGUCUGGUGGUGGACAGCGGAGUGUUUGGGUUUGGGCUGUUGAUGUUUAUUCACAAGGCGAAGUAAUAAAAUGACAGGAGUUGUCUGGUUUGAGAGUGAUAAUAAUUA